UGUGAAUAAAAUGGAGAAACAGAAAGAAAUUCUUAAAUUAUAUCAUGAUAAUCAUGAUAAGUAAAUAGAAGAAGUGUUUAAGGCUGAUCCAAACAUUCCCAUACACAAAUUUCAAACCCAAAAAUAAUUUACAGGUAAUUGGUAAUAUAGUGAUAAGAAAUCCAAAAGUUUUGCAUUUGGCAUGUCUCCAUAACAAUACAAAACUAAUUGAACUCACACUGACAUACUGUAGAAAUUCCAACCUAAUAAAUUAAACUCAAAUCAUCGAAUUCAUUAAUUUAUAGAAUAAGGAUGGAUAUACCCCUUUGCUUAUGGCAUCCUUUAAAGGAAAUAUUGUACAUAUAUUAAGAGAUUAUCUUUAGGAAAUCAUGAAGUUAUUGCUAUAAAUAGGAGCUAAUUCAAAUAUAAAGAAUACUACCGGAUUGUCUGUUCUGCAUAUGUCUGUUUAGGGCGAUCACGUCAAGGCUAGUGUAUUAUCUUUGAAUAUUUAGUUAUUUUGGAUUAAUCAAAAUAUACCUAUUGAUAUAUUAGAUUACAAUCAUCAAACUCCUUUGAUUUGUGCUUCUUUUUUAGGUUCUUAACAAAUGGUUAACUUUCUAAUUUCUUGGGGUGCCAAAUUGAACGCUCAGACUAAAGACAAAGGUCACACUGCUUUACACGUAGCAACUUAAUAAGGACAUUCUCGAAUUGUGAGAAAACUAUUGAUCAAAGGAAUAGAGAGAAGAAUCAAAGAUAAGAAUGGAAAAACUGCGCUUGAUUUAGCCAUAGACUCUAAAUUUAAAUCAAUUUAAACUAUGAUAGUAAGUGAUCAUAACAAAUUUAUAGGAAAAUAAAAUGGGCUUAGCUGAAAGAUGCGGUUUGAGAUAGCCAGAUUCAAAAGUUGAAAAAAACUACAUGUCAAUGACUAUCUAUCUAACCCUAUAUUGCAGUUCCUUUCUUUUGACUAUUGCAUUCACUUUACCUUGUAACAUAUAUCUCAUAAUUAUAUCAAGAUUUAGAAUCCUUUUAGGGUUGGUACAUCGCAACAUGCUGUCUAACUCUCCUUUUGACUUGGGUUCUCGUUAAAAGAAAUCCAGGCUUUGUACCACGCUCAAAUAAAACCUUAAUGGUAGGGUGAUUUAACAUUUAUAAGGAUCUAUUAGAUGCUUACUCCGUAGAUUAAAUAUGCCCAGACUGUUCAGAUGUAAAACCCCCCAGGUCAAGACAUUGCGAAAUAUGUUUGAAGUGUGUUUAUAAAUAUGACCACCAUUGUCCUUGGCUUUCUAAUUGCAUAGGAGAGAAGAACUAGUAUGUAUUCCUAGCCUUCCUGUUUACUUUGAUUGUCAGUAUGGUCUUGUAGAUAGUAGUGCAAUGUUAAAGUAAAAAAUAGGAGAAUUGAAUUAGUUUUGAGUUUGCAAUAAGAAGAGGAAGAGGUGGAAUUAGGUUAUGUACUCUAAUGGAUUACAUUUUACUAUACGAUGAUUUUUGGAUGCUUGUUUAUUUUGCCUGUGAUGUAUAAAUUAUUUGAGUUAGGUUAUUAUUUACAGUUUAAAUCUAUAAUUUAAUAAAAGGGCAAACAACCUAUGAAAGAUAUAUCGAAAGAUAAGGGAUAAAUAGAAUUCAAUCGAGAAAAGCCAGUGCUGAAUAGUAAUUAAAACUAAUUAAGAGUGCUGCUAGCACAGAUACAAGUGAGAGUGAGUUUAAAUUUACAAUAAAAAGUUAAAAGAAACCUUUGCUUAAGGAAACUGAAUUAAUCGUAUGA